CCGACUCUUCUCCGCUCUAGACCAAGUAUGAAUACAGUGUUCUUGGUUCUAAGCUGUUUAACUGGACUAUCGUACUGCUACUACCUUCCAUCAGAGGAUUCUACGGAUCAAAGGGAAUUCUUGGAACAGGUGAAGUAUCAUCCAAUCGACUACUCGGAGUUCCAGGAAAUCCUGCCCUACUUGUUUGCUCGAGGGCGUAGGCAGGACAAGCUUAGGAAUGGCCGAGGAGGGGAUGAGACUGCAUUCAAAGAAUUCUCCAGAGUGUACCGUGGCGGAAAACCUCUGUUUCUCUCCAACCACGCGGACGCUGUGCUACGAGGACUCGGCUAAACUGUGUAGAAGACGACAAUCUACAAAUUCUACAAUGCCGCGCUCGAUUUUACAACUAAAUGUACAUUAUUACUGAUUUAACGACCGUGCGCAAAUUUAAGAUUUUUUUUCACAGAUUCAAAUUAUUCCUACAAACAAUAUAUAGUUUUAAAGCAUUAAAAUUCAAUUGAAAAAAAUUGGAAUAUUUGUUUGAAGAGACAUACACAUAAUGAGUUUGUUAAAUCACUGUUUGCUAUAAAUUAUGAACCUCUCGAAUUCUGACAAUUUUAUAUUAAAAUUAUAUUAAAAACUAUUCUUUUAUAUA